AUGCAACUGUCGACCCAGGGUGCUGAGAGACAGCGAAAAGAUAUCCUCAAGACUGCUCUCCGAUUUGAACAGCUGUUAGUUGAGCGCCGACGCACCUCCUCAGACAUGAACGACUCAGAGAUCCUUGCAGAGCUUGUGACAAAAUACAAUCAGUAUCGUGCAAAUGCUGCAAUCAAGAAAUGGCAGGUGUCGGCCGAUGGUCACCAGGCCAUUUGGGCCAUCAUCAUUGGCCUAGAUGAGAUCUCGCGGAGUCUCAUCAAGCAACACCUUGAUCACAACAAGUGGGAGGAGAGUGGAGAGAACUGGAACCGGAACGUAGACCAUUGCUGUGUGGCGGUUUGGGCAUGCAACGAGAUUGCCAAGAUGAAUGACCCACGGAUCACGCAGACUAUGGAUUAUUCACAAGACAUUGAUGCCAUGUUGAUUGCCAAGCCUGUUUGCAUGACUGUUGAGAGCUUGGUGAUGUUCCGAGACCACAUUGGCAAGCCACUAGCCAAAAGCAGUUCAGUACCUGGUGCUAUGAUGGCAGACUCCGCAGAAGUGGAUGAGGCUCAGGAACAGCUAUCUGCAGCUGAGUACGCAGUAGUUUGUGCUUCACUCGCUGCUGACUUCAAAGAAGCUGUGGCCUACAACCUCAGGGUAAACAAGGUGCUUCACCUUCGAGACCAGAUUCAGACUGGGCUCCAGCUUGCAGAUCGGUGUAUGGAGCGUCGUUGCAUGAUGCUGUGCACAGACAAGCCCACGGACUCGCUGUCUACAUUCAUGAGACGAGUGGUGCAGGAAGCUUCACAGUGCUUUCCUGAAGCUGCGCUUCAGUGCACACACCACAUCGGGUACCUUGACACCACCAAGUAUGGAAGAUUGGGGAGGCCUGAAAUCAACGAGAUGGCUUCUUGGACACUUCGGACUUUGAAUCUGAAACCAGAGCGCAGUUCCUUGGUCUUCAAUUUCACAUGGUAUGUGUGCGAUUACGUGACACCGGAAAGUGGAACGUUUUUCUCCCAUGAGACAGGGCGUUCGCUCACCGACAAAGAAGAUGGAGCUCAGUGGUUUUCGGCGCCAGCAACCAUCAAGUCGAUUUUGACUGCUUGCUUGAGCAAAGUCUCGACCGUCAAGGGACAGAUCUGCGUCAUUCACCACUACUCCAUGUACGAGGGGGGCCUUCGAGAAAGCGUUGCAAUCGGUCUGAUGACUGAACUCCAAAGCAACGCCUACCUCGCCUGCUACAGCGAGACUGCGCACCCUUUGCUUUUCCAGUUUGCAUUGGGGCAAGUGAAGGACAAGCUUCUGGAGGACUCAUUGAAUGUGCAAAUGUUGGAAUGGAAAGGAGGGACUGGGCUCACGGGGGCCUUCAGUCCCAAAUUCUGCCCUGAACCAGACCAGAGUGCCCUGAUGGUCCCACGGAUGCCUGAGCUGAAGCUUUGCCGCAUGGUUGGAAAUGGCCAUCUGGAGAUUCCACAAGAAGUCAGGGCCAAGUGGUUGGGAGAUCCAGUGCGAAGCACCUGGGUUAGAUAUCAGAACAGAGUUUCAAUACCUUUUUCCAUCCUGAAGGGUUUGAAGGGUAUUUGUUGCUUGGUUGAGUUCAACUUUUGUGUUCUGAUCCAAGACCCUGACUGGCGAGUUCGCCUGAAGAACUUCGACUCAGUCUUUGCUCCUACCGACAACCCAACAGCAGCUCCAGCUCCUGAGCCUGUCCCACAAGAUGCCAACAAAGACCUGGGGCAGGAUCUGCCCACUCCAGAACGUGCUGUUGAUGGGCAGAAAUUGUUGACCCCGCCAGCUUUGAGUAAAGAGGACUUUGAUGCACAGUACAAGGAUUGUGAGGUGAAGGCAGUGACUUUGUCGGUGGGCGCCCAAAAUCUCACACGCAGCAUCGUGAACGACAAGGUGUACCUGAGCGCAACAAUGAACUCACCUUCACGUUUGUUGGGGGUUCAGACUCCAUCCAGCAAGCCGCUGUUCCUCUAUGCCGGCGGAAGCUGGGUUAUGCGACAACCCUGCAAGGCCAAGGACUUCUUGUCGAAAGAGGCCAACCAAAACAAAGCUGUGGAGUUCCGUCUGUCUUCGGGAGACGAACUGGUGUGCCUCGAGGAGCAAAGCCCUCAGGGCCUGGUGGACAUUGGGCCGUUCACAGUGUACAAGAUGUUUGUGGGUUUUGAGAAGGGCAUGAUGGACCUGAAAUUGACAGGACAUGGCUUCAACAGACCACCUGCUGUGCAGCGUGGCGAGGAGAGUGAUCGAAUCAUUGUCGCCCAUGAAGCACACUCUGUGUUCAAACCCAAUGCUGUGAACCAGAAAAACCUACGUGGAACCAACAUCGCGGGCUACAUCGGAUACAAGGUGCUUGCCGCCUCUGAGUACUUGACACUUGUGUGGCGAUUCUUGGAUAUGACAUUGUCAACUCUUUUCAAUUGUCUUUUGCCACAUUUACAGUUGGAAUCAUUGGGCAAGCCAUUCCAACCUCUACACUCUAGAUCCCAGGACUGCGACACUAUCCACGUGAGAAAGUAG